GUUCCCCUGGAAACACUGGCUUUUGGAGUUGUGUACAGUGUUCGCCUGCACUGACCGACAGAUAAGGUUUAACAGCGGGACUCGUUCAGGUCGUGUUUACGUAAAGUCGCUGAGCUUUUUUAUUUCUGUUCAGAAGAAAUAGCACUCGAGUCAAGCUGGCGGAGUUUUUAAUCUCGGAUAAUGGCGGACUUUGGCCGCUACUACUAUGAGCAUAAUGCCACAGGGGCUGGUCCUCAGUUCCGUAACCGUGAUAGUCGUGGGCCGCCCAGGGGACAUGUGCACGGUGGAAACGUACAUAAGAGACUACGAGGAGCUCCCGCAGGAGGCUUUGGCCCUAGCAGGAUUGUGCGAGAAGACAGAAAUGUGAACAUGAACAGUGGCCAGGGUGGGGCUUUCCGAGGGAGAAUCAACCCGUAUGGCAGAGCCAACUGGAGAGGGACAGGCCAAAUUGCUCGAGAGAGAAGAGGAGUUGUCAUGAGAUACCGGCAAGGAGUACGAAAUCAGUUAUCAGUCACCGCAGAAAGACAAGGAGGUGCACCAGUCUCAGGAAAAUUCAAAACUUGGUACAAAAUUACGAUCCCUUUUGGCAAGAAAUAUGAGAAGAAGUGGCUUUUGACUGCUUUGCAGAAUCUCUGCCCCAUACCUUUUACUCCUGUACACUAUUCCGUGGAGGGACAAAAAGCACAGUUCUACGUAGAGGAUGGGAACGCUGCCAGUGCGCUGUGCAACAUCUCUCACAGGAUCACAGACAGUGAAGGAUAUAAGGUUGUUGUGAUCAAAAACCCCUGUCCUCCACCAGCCUUCCUCCAAAAUGACCUGAAAGCCCUGGACCUUGAACACUUAAAGCAAUGCAUGUCCAAGCGUUUUGAUUCCUCAGAGCAGUUUCUUGACCUGAACAGUCUCCGCAGUGAUCAAGAUCUGAUCUCGAAGAACGUCACUGUGAUUUUGAGCAGGAAGAGCUGCAUGGAGGCUGUAUUAAAGAUUAUUAAAGAGAAUAUUCCACAACUGACUGGUCUAAACCUAAGCAAUAACAAGCUCUUCAAGCUGGAUGACCUUACAGAGCUGGUGAAUAUAGCUCCCAACCUAAAGACUCUCAACCUGUCCCAUAACGAGUUGAAAUCUGAGCGUGAGCUGGACAAGCUGAAAAGCUUGAAGCUGACCGAGCUGUGGCUGGAUCGCAAUCCUCUGUGUGAUUAUUUCACAGACCAGGCAACAUAUAUAAGCGCUAUUUGUGGACGAUUCCCAAGACUCAUCAAACUGGACGGCCACAGUCUUCCUGCGCCGAUUGGUUUUGAUGUUGAACCGCACACUACAGUCCCUUCUUGUAAAGGCAGCUACUUUGUUUCGGGUGAUGUCAAGGAAUUCAUUUUGCGUUUUCUGCAACAAUUCUACAGCAUAUAUGACUCAGGAAACAGACAGCCUCUGCUGGACGCAUAUCAUGAUGGGGCAUGUUUCUCCCUCAGCCUUCCCUCUUCCAAGUCUAACUUGGGGGAAUAUCAAAAUCACGAUCACAACAUUACACAAAUAAAAGACCCAGCAAUGCGGUUCCGUGUAUUGAAGCACACGCGACUGAAUGUAGUGGCCUUUCUAAAUGAACUGCCCAAAACUCAGCAUGACCUAUCAUCUUUUAUUGUGGAUGUAAACACAUGCACACAAACAUUACUGGUGUUUACAGUCAGUGGAUUGUUCAAGGACAUUGACAUCAAGUCAAAAGAAUCUACUCGUGCCUUCUCCCGUGUCUUUGUUGGAGUUCCAGCCAUGAAUAAUGGGAUCUGUUUAGUCAAUGAUGCCCUAUUUGUAAGGAACGCCACCACUGAAGAGAUCUGCCGUGCAUUCGCCACAGCUGCACCGACCCCGUCCAGCAGCCCUGUAUCCACCCACUCUCCCACCCAGCUGGAGAUGAUCACUACCUUCUCCCAGAAAUCUCAGAUGGAUCUUGAGUGGUCCCAAAGGUGGCUGCAACAGCAUGACUGGGACUUCAACAGAGCUUUUCAGCUCUUCACAAACCUCCAGGCUCAGGGGAUGGAACCUAAUAUGGCAAGAACCUAAUAGUUCUCCAUUUCACAAAGGAGAUUGCUGUGUUUAGAAAGAAACAUUGUUUUCCCAUUAUUUAAUUGUUUUAUAUUUUUUGGUGUUUGUGUUUCUUAAUGUUGUUAUAGUUGAAUUAUUAUUACUAUUGUAUUAUAGGCUGGACUAAGAAUUAAACAUUAAGGACACUUCUGUUUUCUCUUACCAUUGUGUAUUUAUUUUGUGUCCGUUCAGGACAGCACAAACCUUGUUAGAUAAACCAUUAAAACAGUAAUAAAAUUGUGGUUAUUGUAUAUCCCAUGGCUUAAAGGUCUCAGGCACUGUACCAUAAUUCUGUUUUCCGAUACAAAAAUAGAUCAUUAAACAAACAGAUUUAUAAGUUUUUCCCAAUGCUUUUGCUCUCUCUCUCUCUCUGAUGGGGUUAUUUUGUUUUUUCAGCCCAAUGAUAGCCGCCUUCGCGUGCAUAGACACCUCAUGUUAAUUUGCAUGAACAGCUACCAAGUGCAUUGUUCUCUUAUUUAUGAGCCCUAAAAUGUUUGUUUGUUUGUGAAAAUGGCUGUACUUUCUGAAUAGUUAAUUUCACACUUUUGUCAAACCUCUGAAACUAAAGCUAAAAAUAGUGACUCAUGGUCUUCACACAUAUAGUGACAGUUCAUUCAUUUAUUCAUUCAUCUUCUAUGCUGCUUAUCAUUGUACACGGUCACAUGGAGCUGAAAGCCUUUUCCAGGAAACUUGGGGCAAAAGGACAGGGUGCCCAUCUAUCGCAGGGCACACAUGUACAUGCCACAAACUGACACUCAUUUUCCACACUAUGAGCAAUUUGGAAACUCUGCAUGUGUUUGCACCUGGGGAAACUGGAGUACCUGGAGGAAACCCACCAAGCACGGGGAGAACAUGCAAACUCCUCACACCAACCCAAGCCGGUAAUCAAAACCUUGACUCUGGGGGCAGGGCCACAGUGACACCUAUCUUGAGUGUUCAUUUAAAAUUUAGUGUGGCCAUGUAA